AAAGAUCACUCGUCGAAAUGCACGAAUUUUACCAAAAAAUGAUUUAACACAUAUAAGUAUUCAAAACACCAUUUAACAUAAUUACAUAUUAAAAUAUUCAAUGGAACCGCCGCCGUCACCAUGGAAGAGACCAAACGAAGUGAUGCAGCUACACAGACUGAAAAAACGGAAGAAAGCGUUACAGAAGCGCAUGAGACAGCCGCUAGCGUCGACUAGUGCAAAGCCAAGCGGUAAAAAAUGUUUAGACUUAAACUUCUCCAGGAUAUUAGAUGGAGAAAAGAGAAAAAAUCCAUUCUCAAAAAACAACACUCAAGAAUUUAAGAAGCCAAAACUAGAAGACACGCAAUUAGAUGAGUCAAAUGAUAAAACUUUAUUUGCCUUAUUAAAUUUACCAGCAAAAGUAACAGAAAAACCUACUCAAGAGCUCAACACGGAGAAGCUGUCUACAUUCUCAAAUUUAUUACAAAAAUUCACAGCUGAACAUUCAAUUGAAACAAAUCAAAUUGAAAAGAACUCCAAAUAUUUACCUAUAGACUGGGCUCUCACGACAAAACUUCGAUUAAUGUCUCCCAAGCCUUUUGCUUGGACAUCAAAGUUAAAAGCCAGUGAAGAAGCUUCUGGAAUCACUGGAUUUGUCCGCUGUCUAGACACAACCACAUCGACGACAUUAGACACGUCCUCUCGCGCUCGUUUCCACCAGACCUGCCUGUAUUGGCAACACCCACACUUACCCUGGUUAGAAAUGUUCCCGCGCUCUUCAGGCAAGGUAACAGCCACCAGUUUUUUGGCCACAAACGAGGAAGUCAAGAAAGCUUUGUACGAUGAAUGGACUGAGAGUUUUCGAUCAUUGUUUCAGUUAGUUCGUGCACUGCACUGCCCCUACUUCUACGUGUGCGCGAACACAUUCACAUGCCUCUUUCGUGCGGCCGGCCUCUGCGGCGUCUCUGAGCCCUGCGCCCUAAUAGCUCCCACUACUAGAGGAUUCCGACAAACUCUUCGCCAAGAAGAUGUCGAAUUCACAAUGCCGCUUCGACCAGAGAGCAAAAAGAAACUAAACACAUCAGAUGAAGACAAACCUAAGAAUUCAUCGUUCGACAGCUGCUACGAGACGAUGGACGAUAUGGGGGUACGGGACCCACUCGAGGAAAAAGAGGAAGAUGAAGAGGACGACCAGUUCCUCACGCAGCUCGGUUUUGAGAAUGAUAUUAUUAAAAACAUUAAUAUUAUGCAGGCUCGUUUGACGAACUCUGUAGAGAGCAGCGUGGACAGCGCAGCCGAAUCAUUGGUUUUGGUUCGGGGCGCAGACGCACAAGCUUUGUUCAAUUUUCUACUCAACUGCAAAUCGCUCGUGAGCCCUACUGGACCAUUUGCGGGCGUACCACCAACGUUACUGUCUCCCACCGCCUUCCAUGGAGGAACGUUGCAGUCUUUGAAGGUCCGAGAAAACACAAUACAUUCCGAUAGCAAAAAGUACUACUCGAUAGAGCUGCGCGGCCCAAUACUUCCCACUGCCGUACAUUCGUUAUUCAAAGUUCUUAAAACGAACUCGUCAGCUCAAUUUAGCGCCACUUUUGCUCACCAGCAGUCGACGCUUGCGUUCUCGUGGGCGUCAUCACUAAUGACUGAAGGUGAACCGUCAAAAGAAAACGAAGCGAACCACUUUACUAAAGCCUUUAACAAAGAGAACCUCUCAGACUGCGGACUAUCCGAAGACAUGUUGCAACACUUCUGCUCGCCCGACCCCGCAGUUGUUAAAACUUUGGACAGCGUCAAAUAUAACACAGAAGACGAUACUUACUCGUACUGAAGAGUUUUUAUUGCGAUUAUUGUUUUGAUUUCUUUUUUGUUUGUUUUGUGAAUUGAAUUCAUAUUGUGAUCAUGAAUUAAAUAUUUUU